UCCGCAAGUGAGCACUUACAAUACUUGUGCCACCGUGUUUACUUGGGGUGUCAUUUAGAAAGAAGGGGGCGUGGCUCGUGAUAUCAUCAUUAAAAUAAAAGCUAGGGUGCGAAAGGGUCAUGUUCCAUUUAUAGUGAAAAGAGGAGAAAGAAGCGGAGCAAAUAAGAACUUUUAGCGCCUUUUGCGGCGAGUGUGAAUCGUGAGUACAUUGCCCCCUCCCCUCCUCUCUUUCCGCCCCGGACGUGCGCGUACUCGUCUGCUGGCGUGCGCGUGUGUUUACAAGUGAGUUUGAACGAGUGCCAGCAGCGAGGCAAUCGGGAGGCAUGGUGGACAACUCCAGCAGUAGUAAGGCGCAAAUGCCCAGCAUGUCUCAGGAGCCCGGUGUAGCCUUUCCUCAGAACACCUCCACAGGGGGGAUGAAGCUGGAAGCGGUGAUGGAGCAACUUCAGCGGCAGCAGCAAGCCCGGUUGGAGAUGGAGCGCAAGGAGAGGAAGCUGCGUGAGGCCCACAUCAUGUACGCUCAGCAGCUGGCCGCUCAGCAGGCCAUCCUGGCGGCGGCCCGGACGCCGGGGGCCAACUUCAUGGGCAGGGGCCUGGCCGGAGUGGUGCCGCCUCCGCCGCCGCCCCGCGUGACCAAUCAGAGCAGCGUAGACUCUGAGAAAGAGGACGAUGAGGACCGGGGCCGCGACUCGGCCGAGGAGGACGACGACAAUGAGAUGAUGGAUGGCGAUGAGCGUAGCGACGAGGACGGCGAGAGCGGAGGCGGUGCCGGCGGCCUUGAAUUCCUCCGUAAGCAGACGCUGGCGCUGCAGCAGAGCGCCGCCCGCAUGCCGCCCGCCCGACCUUACGGCAGCUUUGCGGCGUCGGCCCCGCAGAGGGCGCCUUCCCCGCCCGUCCGGGUCAAACAGGAGCCCGACGAGGACUUGUCGCCGGCGGGCGCUCACCCGGCAACCUCCCCCAACGGCCAGGCCGACUGGAGCUUCGACGAGCACUUCCGACAGAACGGAAGCGCAAGCUGGGCGGACGAGGCGGACAGUAGCAGAGGACGAGGAGAAGCCUCCAGAGACUUUGCCAAGUUGUACGAACUGGAUAACGACCCCAAAAGGAAGGAGUUCUUGGAUGAUCUCUUUACCUUCAUGCAGAAAAGAGGCACGCCGGUCAACCGUAUUCCCAUCAUGGCCAAGCAAGUGCUGGAUCUGUACAUGCUCUACAAACUGGUGACGGAGAAGGGAGGCCUGGUGGAGGUCAUCAACAAGAAAAUCUGGAGGGAGAUCACCAAGGGACUCAACUUGCCCACCUCCAUCACCAGCGCCGCAUUUACCCUGCGCACACAGUACAUGAAGUAUUUGUACCCGUACGAGUGCGAGCGUAAGGGCCUUAGCUCCCCGGGCGAGCUCCAGGCCGCUAUCGACAGCAACCGGCGCGAGGGCCGCCGCCCCAGCUACAGCAGCAGCCUCUUUCGCUUCUCGCCGUCGCCCAGCACCGCCCCUCACAUCCUCUCGCCUCCCAAGAUGCACCUCUCGGCCAUCGGGGCCGGCACCUCCGCGGUCCUCAACGGCCUGCAGGGUUCGCCGGGCUCAGUUCUGAAAAAAGAUGACCUGACUCCUUCCAUCAUGGCGGCCAGGCCUUCCAUGGCCCUGGCGCUGGGGCAGCAACAGGUGGCGGGCCUGGCGCGCGCCGCCACGCUGGAGCAGCUCCGAGAGAAGCUGGAGACCACCGGGGGCGGCGUGGCAGAAGGCCCCGAGAGGAAGAUGGCGCGGCUGGCCGAAGAGCAGCAGCGUCUCAUGCAGCAAGCUUUUCAGCACAACCUGCUGGCCAUGGCCUCGCAGAUGCCCAUGAACCUGCGCCUCGGGGCCCCCGUCAUCACCCAUAGAGAAGAGAAGCAGCAGGACAUGUCUCUGAGCAUCUCCACCAAUGGCAACGCCAGCAUCACUGUCUCUGUGGAGGUCAACGGCACAAUGUACUCAGGAACGCUCUUUGCGCAGAAGGCCGGAGGCUUGCUGGGGCCGUCAGUGUCGGCCGCCGCCGCCUCCACCAGCGCCGGAUUUGGCUACCCCGCACCCCCGAGACAGACCCUCAGCCCCACGUCCUCCUCCUCCUCCUCCAAGGGCCCCAGUUCGUCCGAGCCGGCCCCCAACGGGUCACCCUAACCGGUCCCUUAGUGAAGGGCGCACUCCCUCGCCCACAUCCCGGCCCAGCAUGAAUAUUCUGUCCCGUGAGAAAGUUUAUAGACUGUUGCACAACAAAUACCUCAUAAAGCCUGUCCACCUCUUGGCUGUCCAAUCGUGAACACAAAAGCCCGAGAAUAAAACAUGACAACACAGCUAUGCAUUUCACACACAUUCACACGCAGACACACACACACACACAUGAAGUCACACGCAAACUCAUGCUAGACACAAUCAACGCAGCCAAAAACCCACUGACAGGUGACGCUACAACUGAACUUGAAUUUUUUUUUUUUUUUUUUUGCCAUUUUGUCAGCUUUAUUUUUGAUUUUGUGUUUUUAGAAUGAUUUUUGUUGUUGUUGCUCUUUUUUACAUACCUCAAAUCACCCAAGCUGCAGUGGUGUCUUUUUACCUCAGGAGCUUUACCGCAUUUAACCUCAAUUAUUUUCUAUGCUGUUUUUUUCUCUCUCUCUCUCUCUCUCUUGGAGUAAGGUAUUUUUUUCUCGAGCGAAUAAUGGGACGCUGGAGAUCAGCACGGGUCAUUUAAAGGAAAAAAAAACCCAAUACCUCACGGUCUUUGACGUUGAUGGGUGUGAGGGCUCACGCCGGAAAUGUGCGACAGAUGGAACGCUAACUCCCCAAAUGUUGGACCAUCCUCAAAAUAGAAAAUGGCGUCCCUCUCUCAGGAAGAUGUGGAAAAGAAUCUAACAUGCUGCCCGAGACCUCGACAGAACUAUGAAAAAAUACCUCAUGAGACUCUUUGAAGAGAGCCACACUGCAUAUACCUCAUAGGGCGGCCGUAAUGGAAGAAGCUGCUGCCACCCCCCCCCCACACCCCCCAAGUGUGAAAAGACAGACAAAAUGGCUGCUGCUUCUGCUGCUGUUUUUUUUUUUUACAACACACACACCUCAUUACUCUUUUUUUAAUUUCAGUUGUAUCACUUUUUGAGGGGGGGGGGGGCUUUUCCACGAUUAGACCUUGGCUAGGAAUGUGGUUAAAGGGGGGUUUCUUCAAUGCAUGCGUACAAUCACAUGAUUUUCAGCCUCUCUUUGUUGUUGCACAGCUACUAGAUACCAAAAAAACCCACGGUCGCCGUUGGUUCUUAAUCUAACAUAAAAAGCUUGCGUAGAUGCUUUACUUGAUUAUUUUUCCCCCCUCUCAACACAGUGAGGGCUCGGCUAUUGCCUGUGUAGAAAUGGAGAGAAAAAAAAGCGACCAAUAUGCGUAACGUAACGACAAAAUGUCCGCAUCCGAUUUGUAGCCAAACAUCAGCGUAGCUAGCAUCUGGUGCGCUGUAGAAAAUAACCGUGGGAUAAUUGCUUUCGACCGAAACGACGGUAGAAAGUGCAUUUCCGUAAACACGCUUUUCACUUAACGUUACGACGUCCCCUCGAUCUGUGUCGGUCGUUACGGAAUCCAAUGAGGUCAGGAAAGGGAAAAGAUGGAAAGGAGGGGAAACAAGUUUCAACGAUUGAAUACACGCUUCGGUUACGAGUCAAUUAUCUGGCCUAACUUCAAGCAUAUUUCGGGGUGAGGGGGCAGUGCCCCCAUCCCUCCCCUCUAGCUCCGCCAGUGUCUGAACCUCGGUGGACAUUCGAGUUGACUUUGUCCAACGUGGAACAAUUACGGCUCUAAUGUAAAAAGAGCUCCAGACUGUUUUGAGUGCUUUAUGACAUGCUGUUUGAGCAUUUAUUCCUUUUCCUGUCUUAUUAGUGAGGAAGCGUACCUUAAGCUAAUUGCUCAUUAAUUGCAGGAUUCGUAAUUCUCCAAGUUUCCACCUUGAUAAUGCCCCACCGUGUCCUGCAGAGGGCAGCAUUUUCCAAAAGAGACUUUGUGUAUUGUACUACUAGUGACCAUUGGCUAGACGCUGCCUUAAUUUUCAAGUCUGUAUCAAAUGAAUCUUUUUUUUAUACAACACGCAGACGUUACAUGAGUUUGCUAUUUAUUUUUUAAAUUUUCUCUAACAAGUGAAUCUUAUAGGAACCACUCUUUUUGGCCUAAAAAUAUGUUCAGCGAGGUAUGGUAUGUAACAUACAUUAGCAUCUUCAGAUUUCACGGGGUUCCACUUUGGUAAGCAGAAAGCACCCGGUUUACCGACAAUCCUCCAAACAGUUGCUGUAGACAUCUUUUAUGCCGUUUUCUGCAAUUUUAACCCCCAAAAAACUUCCCAUUGGCUCACUUUCUGCAUGCUAAUGUAAACGUAAGGUUAGCAUAAGUAAUGCUGGUACAUGUCCUCUUUGCCGAUGCUACAAAAACACCCCCUUUUCUAUGUUCUGGGAUUUAAACUAACAAUUUUUCCUGCUCGAUGACUAUCUGGGUGCAAAUGUGCUGGCCUAAGUCCAGUUUGCUGACAAUCUCCCACAAACCCACGAGAAUCUCCCUGACCUUUGGGGAUUUUAACAAUCAGCUGCUCUUGUUAGCUGACUUUAAGUGUGCUAAUGUUUAAGUUAUAUUUGUUAGCGCUGGUGUACACCCAAUUUGCUGACAAUCUUACAAAAGACGACUAGUGGGGCCUAGUGUUAUCAAAAACGGGUGUGUGAACAAGUUCUGCAUCAUUAUUAAUUACUGCUAAAGUAUGUGGACAAUCUUCGAAAACACUUCUAGCGUCUCUUGUACUAUAUCUAAAAUAUGACUGACUCUGCAAUACCAAAAAGAAAACACGCAAGGCUUUGUCAAUCCUUAGCAAAUGCAAAUAUUGUAAUAGUUCUGAGGUCAUAUAAAAUGUGGUUUUUAAAAGAAAUGUACCCCCUAACCACCUCCUUCACAACACAAUACCUCAAUGUGGCUAGCUAGCUAGCUAGCUAAACACAAAAGGUUAAACAUCAAAGAAAGAAGCAGCUCCAUCACUUGGCUGAAUGCUACGUAAGAUUUGUGCUGUUGCAUUUUCCGAGUUCUGUUUAUUUUUGUCGUCAGUAACGCAGUCGAGUUCUGCGCGCAUAUGAAAGAAAAAAAUACAAGUAGGGCGAGUUAAUUGAGCUUUAAGAUUGUUUAAGAACUAACCUGAUGUUUUUCUUUAAAAAAUAAAAAACAAAAAAUAUAUUAAAUGGAGAAAAAAAAUAUAGCAGGCGCAUUAUGCAAAAAUGGUUAUCAAAUACCUCAUUUAUCAAUUUUCUUUGUCGUCUUUGGCUUGUACAAUGCUCCGUAUAUUCAUUCAACUGUGGGGUUUGUGCAUAUUUUUGUACUGUUAUUAUUACACGGACAUGAUGAUGAUAUGACUUAUAUAUAUAAAUAUAUUAUAGUUUUUUUUCUCUUUGAUUCAAACAACAACAAGGAAAAAAAGAACGUGGACAAAACGGUGGUGAAUGCUUGUUAAAUCGUUUGUUUUUUGUGCUGAUUGUAUUUAAGAGGAGCACUUUUUGGCAAAGUGGUUUUCACACAUUCACUUUUGUUCAUAUGAUUAGUAAUAUAAAGACGUGGUUCUCAGGGCUUUAAACUUGUAUGUCAUGAUAAAGUUUUACUUUAUAUCUUA